AUGGAAAACGAAUCUGUUGAAUCCUCAUUGGAGGAUCAGUAUAUUGCAAAUAUUAAGAGCGUCGCUUCUUUAAUAGCUUCUCAAACUAUCAAUUGUAAAUUCAUUGCCCAAAAUGCUAAAACAUGUAAGAGCGAGUGUAUAUCUUUUGCAGGACGAUUACAAACUAUUGAACAACAACUUCCCGUGCGUCCCAAU